AUGCGGUAUUUACGGAAUGUCUUGGUGAACUUUGCUGGCGCAAAAACAAAAUUAAAGAAAGGACGCUUUAAUCCUGUAAUUGAAGAGAAGCGCGUAUCAUUGGUUUUUGUAAAUUACGCCACUUUAUAUACUUUGUUCUAUAAAGACUACAAUAUUUUCAAUUCUGAAGGUGAUAGGUUUACCAGCGUACAUGACAUCAAGGACACCCAAGGCAAACAGUUUGUUUUCAAAAACUUUUUUGAUAGGUGUACAGUAGAUCGAAUAAUGAAAGAGCAAAAGAUGACUUUUGGCUUCUCAUUGUACUACUCUAAUCGAAAGAUUAUGCUGCUUUGGGGAAAUUCAUUCGAGUACAACAGAAUGAAUCUUGGUAGAUCUUUUCGCGCAAAGGAGAAGUCUAAUCACCCAUGGGAUACCAAAUUGAUGUUUGCUCUCAACAAAGCAAGGCAUAGGCAGUCUUUACCGAUAUCGACAAAGUCACUUCAAAUACCAGAUAAAAUGAAGGCAGAUCUAAAAAAUAAUCGUUUGUUGAUUCAAGAAGUGGAUCCUGGAAUUGUGACAACGGCGGCAAUUAGUUGUGUGAAAUCAUCUACUCUAUUUGAAAGCCUCAACCGAUUUCAAAUGUUGAAAAAUCAUGAGCCGUGCACAAUACCAAUAUCUAACCAAAAGGAGAAGAAGAAGAAAUAUGACAUAGAAAAGAAUAGAUUCACUAGAAAAAUCCGUCUAAACACUUACCAUAAAAAACACUACUCUGUCACAAGAAGAGAUAUUUUUUCUUAUCAUGGUUGGAAGCGAGGUUCCAUUCUUUCUUUUGUCGGUAACUGGUCCGGAAAAGGAGCAUACAUCCGUGGGCAUACACGACGAAGCAUGAAACCGAUUCUGAAUCGACUUAAUUCUGUGGCUGAUGAUUAUAUCGCUGUAAUAGAUGAGUUUAAGUCGACCAUCACUUGUAGCUCUUGUUUUGAAGUCACCACGAAACAAGUCGUGAGAGUUGGAGUGUUGUGA